CGAACGAGUAGAAUUCACACGCAGAAUAUUUUACCAACUGGUUAUCUCUUUGAAGAAAUAAUAGUAAUUAGGCCUAUAAUGGCAUCGUUUAUUGCGACGACCGCCGUUUUCAUAUCUGUAAUGACUUUUGUAUUACAGUUAGUAAGCAGCAUUCCAAUUGAAGUAAAUGGUGGCGGAGAUGGAGAGGAAUACACACAACUUUUUGGUGAAAUCACAACGCACGACACAUUCCAGAGGGGUAAACGAGCAAUGAAAGUCAGUAGUAGUCGUUCGUGUUCAUCGAAUGCAGAUUGUCGUAGAGACCAGUGUUGUGCAUUUGACUUCGGCCGGAAGGUGUGUAAAGCUUCGCAACGUGUACGGAAUUUGGGAGAAACCUGUUCUUUUGUAGACAUACACAAAUAUUUGGAUUUACACGACUUGACAAGGUCUUUUACACGAUGCCCUAUGAUUUGUAAGGAAGGACUUAGAUGCUGGCGAACACAUGAGCGUUAUAGUAAAUCGAACACUAGGAAAUCAGUGUGCAGGAGAUAGAAGGAAUCGACGGGUAUCCUUACAGUACUGUAAGGUCUAUCGACGAAACUAGAUUCCCUUCAGCCACCGAACUUAAAAUUGAGUGCGAGGGUUUAUUCACUAUCAAAAGAACCACGAUCCGCAAGUGUACUCAAAAGUUUGAUGGCUAUGGUAUCAUGUCAAGGGAACCCAGUCCAGACCGUCCUUCAACUGCUGCAGCUGAUGAAACCCCGCGCUUUAACGUAGCCAAGUGAUCCUCUUUUUAGCAGACAACACAGAAUUGUUGACUUUUGCAGGCUUCCGUUUUUAUUCAGCGUCAGUUUCACACGAAACCAAAAUAUCGAGACGGUAUUAUGUUGACAUUUAGUUCUCCAAAAAAUGUGAACCAAACAGCUCUUUAUGCAAAACAUUAUGUUAACACGAAUACUGAAGACCUGUGUAUGCAUAUUUCUGUUAUCGCAUUGUUUUAAAGUUAAAAAACCAGUUAACUUUGAUUUAAUUAUGUGAACCUUAUAGAUCCGCAGCACUCGUUCACGUCUAACUAUAAUAAAUCAAAUAUAAUUAACAAAUUGGCCAUAAGCCUGCUUUAUCACAAAGUUAUAAAGCUUCGUUCACACUCUAGCUAAAGAGUUGAAGCAAACACAACCAACUGCUACUCUAGCUAACUUUGCUUGUGUCUGCAUCAACGUGUAUCUGAACUGCUCUAACAUGAAACCUGCCUUAGCCCUACUUCACACUAGUGUGAACGUAGCAUAAAUUGUCAGUGCGCCUAGCACUACGCCCAUCAUCACGCGCAACGCACUAACGAGUCACUUUGCGAUGUCAUUGAUAAUAUUUCAUUAUUUAAUGAAGAAUUUUUUGGUCAAUUUGCUUAUGCCUAAGUUAAUGUUUUAAUGCCAGACAAUACAUCUUGCAUUGUAAUAUCAUUGGCGUGUUAACUAUGGUUACAUAGGUUGUUUAGUCGGUUCCAAGAACCAUUUUUUGUAGACAUAAUAAAUACUGCACAAUGCUAAGAGAUUAUUUUCGUUAAUACAAUGAAAAGUUGACACAUGUAAAAAGCAAAUGUGUAUAACGAGUACAAAUUAGUACAAUUUCAAAAUACUUAGUGCUGUGAUGCAGAUUAUUUUGAAUCGUAUGCUCGAGCUAGUAACAAUAUUUAAUUUCAAAUAUGUACUGUAUCACCAAUCUUACGCAUAAAUUAAACUUGUAACAGCAUUCGUCAAACCAUGGGGGAACUCCAUGGUCUAACGUGUGGACCGUGUAUUACGUUUUAAACGUACACGAUAACAAAUCUAUAACUAUUUACCCAUUUGUGUAGCUUCUGUUUGAAUAAUAACUCUUCUUGAUAACUUGAAUGCUUUAAGUACAAAAAUGUUAUUCGCCUAAAUCGAAGAGGAGUUAAGUUUAACCUAUGUUUCCUCUCUUUAAACUUAAAUGUGGAACGUUUAAUUGUAAUGUGGACCUAAGUGUGUUUAGUUGGUAUUCGCAACUAGUAAUGUAUUUAUGGUAAAUUAUUUAUUUAAAUCGAUGUAUAUACCAAAUGUUAUUUAUUAAUAAAAUUGAUUACCUGACUGAAA